AGAAGAGAACAAAAUAAAUUGGAGUAAUUUUUUUAAAAAAUAAAGAUGUUUUUUAAAAUACUUUCAUUAUCUAGAAAAAAACUGCCAAAAAACAUUUAUAAAUUUAGAAAAUUUCAAUUUAAAGCUAAAGAUAUUCCUCAAGAAUUGAUAAAUAAAUACAAAGGUAAAUUAGAAGAAAAAAUGAAAAAAGAAAAUCUUUCUUCUAUUGAGGAACUUUUUAAAAAAUAUACUAUAAAAUCAAAUAAAGAAAAUACAAAAACAAUUUCUGAAUCAAAUUUUAUACAAAAAAAUAAAAACUUAACUCAGACUAAUACUAAAAUAUUAAAAAAUGAGAAAAAAGACCAAAUUAAAACAUUAUCAUUUUAUAUUAAUGUCGAAAAAAUACGAUCAUACAAUGUUAAAAAAAUAGAAUCAAUUUGGAAAGCUUGUCAUUCUCAAGAUGAUCAUAGCCUUUGUGGAUUAAUACCUUCUCAAAAAUUUGAGAUAAUGGAAAAAAAUGCAAAAAGAUACAAUAUGUUUAUUCUUCCUAUAAAUCAUGAACAGGGUAUAGAAAUACAUUUUCUUCAAUGGUUCUUUGUAAAUAAUUUUACUAAAUACAUACUUAUUACUUCCCUUUUAGAAUAUAAAGUUAGAGGAGAGUUUGCAAGACCACAUACAUUUUUAUAUUAUUAUACAGACCUAUCUUCAGACAAAAAUAUAGUAUUAAUGAAGGGAGAACUUGAGAAAAAUAGAGGAAUAACGAUGAAUGACCUUAGAAUAAUAAUAUUUCAGAUUGAAAUUUUCUUUUCUGCAAUUGAAGGCAAUCAAGAAGACCAGCUUAAAUUAGAACUUCUAGAAAAAUUUAAUACUGGAAAAGAUUUUAAUAUAUCUACUUUAAUUAACGAGUGUAAUAAGCUAAACUAAAUAUUAAUAUACUAAACUAAUAAAAUGUAUCUAAAAGCUAUAUA